AUGCCAAAUAAACCGAUAACAAAAACCAGAUGUUGUUCAUGUUGUGUACAUGGCAAUAAUAAAAGAUUCAAAUAUAUUCAUAGUUAUUUGAAAUACAAAUUCGAUAAUCUAUUUGCCCGUGGUCUGGUUUUUAUUAUUCCUUUAUUAGCGAUUAUAGCUGCAUUUAUAAUAUUACUAUUUAGUAUUAUUUAUUAUUUCACUGGUCAAACACACAGCUAUGAAGAAGCAUUAUGGGAAGUAUUUACCCGUACACUUGAUCCAUGUGCUGCUACACACGAUGAAGGUUUGAAACAUCGAAUUCUAUCUGGAAUUGUUAUACUUUUUGGACUUGUUAUUGUUGCAAUAUUAAUUGGUGCAAUAGUCACCUUUAUGGAAACGAAAUUAGGCGAAUUAAGAACAGGACGAUCGACGGUCGUUGAAAACGAUCAUACAAGAUGGUCACCAAAAAUAUUUGAUAUUAUUGAAGAAUUAGUUAUUGCUAAUGAAAAUCAACGUAAUCCAUCAAUUGUAAUUUUAGCACCCAAAGAUCGCAAUGAAAUGGAAAAUGCAAUUACAGACAAAAUAAAAUGUAAAAAUACGAAAGUUAUUUGUCGAAAUGGUGAUCCUAUGUCGAUGAUUGAUUUAAAUAAAGUGUGUCCUAAUCAAGCACGAUCAAUUAUUGUAUUGGCACCUCAAACAAAUAAUCCUGACAUUAGAGUAAUCAAAACAAUAUUAGCAAUAAGAAAUAAUCCAAAAAGAACUAAAAUUAAUUUUCAUAUUGUUGCUGAAAUAAAACAACGAAGUUAUUUGAAAGUGGCACAGACUGCAGGUGGAGACGAGGUUAUGUUUGUCCAUGCCGAUGAAAUCGUUGCACGUAUUAUGGCUCAAUCAUGUCGACAAAGUGGUUUAAUUGUUAUAUUAUCAAGUCUAUUAUCAUUUCGAGACGAUGAGAUUUAUUUCAAACGUGAGAGAGCACUUAUUGGUAGAACGUUUCAUGAUGCUUUGUUUGCAUAUGAUAAAUGUUCGGUAAUCGGACUGAUGUUAUCCGAUGGAACAGUUAAAAUACUUCCAUCACCGGAUCAAAUAAUCAAUAUGAACGAUCAAAUAAUAGCUAUAGCUGAAGAUGAUGAUAAAAUUAUAUUAUCGUCUAAUUAUUUAUCACGUAUCGAUAAAUAUUCUUCCCCAAUAUCAUCUUCACUAAUCAGGCACAAUACCAUUCCAGUAUCAACAACUACAGCUACAGCAAAAGUAGUAGAACGAAACAUUAUAUGUGGCUGGAAUAAUAAAGUCCCAUUAAUAGCUAAAGAAUUAGAUGGUUAUGUUUCUUAUGGCAGCGAACUUCAUAUCUUAACAAAUUCUGAUGAAGCUAAAAAAUGUAUAUCUGACCAGUUGGUCAAUGAAUUAAACCACCAAAGACUAUAUUCUCAUUCAGGUCACAUGACACACCGGUUUGAUUUAGAAAAAUUUAAUUUAUCAACCUAUAAUUGUCUUAUGCUAGUGCCCAGUGAAGAGGGCCAGGAAGAUUCAACUUUAAUCGAAGAAGCUGAUGCUGAAUGUCUCAUUUGUUUAUUACAUCUACGAGAUAUAAUUGAUCAGUCAAAGUGGGAAAAAACAUUUAACAUUAUAACAGAAAUACAUAACAUACGUAAUCGUGAACUG